AUGUAUUACUUCAAACAGAGGAUGAUCUCGGCCAUUGCGGCUUGGGGUUUCUCUGCAGCCUGUCAUGGUUUCCCUAUCGGCUGUAAGGAUAUCGAGGGGGGGCAUUGCCCACGAGGUGAUGCUGACUUGGAUGCGCUCGGGAAAAAUCUCUCAAGCUCUGCCCAGGUGUAUUUUCCCGGGUCGAGCGGGUUCAGCGAUGCCACAACGCGAUGGUCUGCUCUAGCAGAGCCUACAGUGAGCGUCCUUGUCGUGCCCGGCACCGAGAAUGAUGUUGUUGAGACGGUGAGAUACGCCAAUGCAAAGGACCUCCCUUUUCUCACAUACAAUGGCUUGCAUGGCGCUCUCGUUUCCCUGGGUAAGAUGGACCAUGGCGUUGGAAUCUCUCUGAGCCAGUUGAGCAGCGUCAAAUUGGGCGAUGAUGGAAAGACAGUCACGAUUGGCGGAGGAACCAUGUCCAAGUUGGUCACCGACGAGCUUUGGAAGGCUGGAAAGCAGACAGUGACUGGAACCUGUGAAUGUGUCAGUGUCCUGGGACCGGCACUUGGUGGCGGACAUGGAUGGCUUCAGGGCCACUAUGGACUCGUCUCCGACCAGUUUAUUUCAAUGGAUGUCGUUCUCGCCGACGGUACUUUGAACACCAUCGACGCCAACUCUGAUCUUUGGUGGGCGAUGAAGGGUGCUGGUCACAACUUCGGCAUUGUGACUUCUCUCACCAGCAAGACAUACGAUAUUGAGCAUAGCGACUGGGCUAUUGAGACGCUCACUUUCAGUGGCGAUAAGGUUGAGGCUGUCUACGAGGCUGCCAACGAGUAUCUCGUGAAGAAUGGCACACAAUCCCCGGAUAUCAUGAACUGGUCAUACUGGAUGAACAGUCCGGAUGUUGAUUCCAGCAACCCCGUCAUUGUAUUCUAUAUCAUUCAAGAGGGAGUGACGACCGUUGACUCAGUUUACACCAAGCCUUUCCACGACAUCGGCCCGCUUGCCGCUGAUUCCCAGGCAGGUACUUAUAAGGAUCUUGCAUCAUGGACCGGUGUAGCCCUAGACUCCCCGCCAUGCCAAAAGACCGGGUUCGCCAACCCCCGUUUCCCCAUUUAUCUCCAAUCAUACAACGUCGCCGCCCAGAAGGAGGCCUGGGAUGUUUAUGCCCUUGGCAUCCGUGGAUCCUCUGCCUUCAACAACUCAAUCUUGAUGUUCGAGGGCUAUUCCUUCGAGGGCGUGCACGAAGUUGAUAGCAGCUCGAGUGCUUUCGCUUUCCGCCAGGAAAAUAUUCUUGCCGCCCCUCUCAUCAACUACCUGCCCACCGAUGCAGCACUUGAGACUAUGGCGGUUGAUUUGGGCAACCAGCUCCGAAACAUUCUCUUCGAGGCCGAUGGUCGGGAGGACAUCCAUGCAUACGUGAACUAUGCCCACGGAGAUGAGACGCCGAAGCAGAUGUAUGGUGGCGAGGAAUGGCGCCAAGAACGUCUGCAGGCCUUGAAGCAGAAGUACGACCCGGCUGGCAAAUUUAGCUUUUAUGCCCCGAUCGUAUAG